AUGACGAUGGAGGGCGAAUCCGCUCUGCCGAGUGCUUCCAACCAUGCGCAAUCGUCCUCAAGGGACUUGACCCAUGUUAUUAGUGAAUAUAUGGACAGACAUAUGGUCAUUCCUCUCAUCGAAUUCUUACUUCACAGACAGCUAUACCCAGUUGAAGAGCUUAUGCAAGCUAAAUAUGACCUGCUAUCAAAAACUACCAUGGUCGAUUAUGCAAACGAAGUAUACAAGGAAAUGCAUCCUGAUUCUCAAGGGUUUGCUGGUUAUGAGGAAAAGAGAACUCAAGUCAUCACAAACAUUGCUGCCAUCAGUGAUGAAUCAGCAGAGGUCAUGGAAAUCAUCCAAAACCCUCUGGUCAUUCAGCAACUCAAACAAGACAAGGGAGCAAAUCUACAAUUCCUCAAAGAAAACUUCAACUUCCGACCAGAAAUGUUAUCCGUCUUGUACAGCAACGCAACAUCACAAUACGCCGUAGGCAAUUACUCGGGUGCUGCUGAAAUGCUGUAUCAUUUCAGAAUAUUGUCGACCGAUAACGAUCUCAACACAUCCGCAUUAUGGGGUAAACUAGCCGCGGAAAUCCUAUGUCAAAACUGGGAAACCGCCAUAGAAGAUCUAUUAAAACUGCGUGAAGUCAUUGACGCACGUAGUUUCACAUCCCAUCUCCAACAAUUGCAACAACGGACAUGGCUAAUUCACUGGUCUCUCUUUGUCUACUUCAACCACGAUAAAGGUCGAGACGGAAUUAUAGAUCUCUUCUUCCAACCAGCAUACAUGUCAACAAUCCAAACAUCUUGUCCGUGGAUUCUCCGAUACUUGACAACAGCUGUAAUCACAAACAAAAAACGCCGUAAUGUAUUAAAAGAUCUCGUCAAAGUCAUUCAACAGGAAUCAAACUCGUAUUCAGAUCCCAUAACUGAAUUUGUGGAAGCCUUAUAUGUGAGAUUUGAUUUCGAUGAGGCUCAAAAGACACUAAAGGAAUGUGAUGAAGUCUUGUCGAAUGAUUUCUUCCUUGUUGCUACUCGAGAUGACUUUAUAGAGAAUGCUCGGUUGUUUAUAUUUGAAACGUAUUGUGAGAUUCAUCAGACUAUAGAGAUUACUGGGUUGGCUGAACGUUUGAAUAUGGAUGUAGAUGAAGCUGAGAAGUGGGUGGUGAAUUUGAUUCGUAAUGCUAGAAUGGAUGCCAAGAUUGAUGCGAAAACGAAUACCGUAGUGAUGGGUAAACAACAGACAUCCAUCUACCAACAAGUCAUUGAACGAACCAAGGCUUUAUCAUUCAGAACAUCACUACUCGCAUCCAAUGUAGAAUCUCGAGAGCGAGAAUUGGCCGCAUUGAGAUCUGGUAAAAAACCACCACAACAAUCGUCAUCAUCCAGACGUCCUGAUGCGGGUAGUAGCAAUAGUAAUACAGCAGGUGGUGCUAGUAUAGAUGCUACAACAGCUGUAGAAGCUCAUGAGUAA